AUGAUGCAAGUCAUGCCCAUUCUGGUGCCGGACAAGGGGGCGCUUGGGAAGGGGCCGGACGCAGAGCUGAGGGCUAUGAGGGUGCGUGCUUUCCGGUUAUACGCAACGUUCUACAAGGCCUUUCUUGGCGUGGAUGGUCACACGAGGGCGUCACUCGCACACGCAAGGGAGCUCGCAUACAAGCUGGUCGACCUUCUCCCACAAGCAUACCCCGAUCAGAAGUCGGGAUGGCGGUUCCCUAAGGUGCACAUGAUCAAGCACCUGCUGGAGAAUGUGAUUCUCAGGGGCAUGCCCCACCACUACAACACGGAGCUGUGGGAGCAUACACACAAGGGCACGGUCAAGGUGCCGGUGCGAGGCGGCAACUGGAAAGACAUCCCCCGGAGGAUAGUCGAGGAGGAGGUGCAACGUGAGAUUUGCCGCGAGGUGGCGGCUGAUGCAGGCGGCGGGUGGCAGUACACCACUGCUCUCAGAGAGGCUGUGCGGACCAAGAAGCCGGUCCUCACGAGGAAGGGGAGGCUCAUGGUGCCUGGGGCGGAGGAUGAUGCCGUCUUGGCGAUGUACAACGUGUCGCACGGUGACGACAUGAAGGAUCUAGUGGGAUGCAUGCGGUCGGCAGGGGUGAAGGCGGAGAGCGUCCAGGCACACACCGCCGUGGCGAUACCGCGCACGCGUGGGGGGGCUUUGGUGGCCAAGGGCACGUUUGUGAAAGCGAGCCCGGGGGAGAAGUGGUUUUCUGAUGUGGCACUGUUGUCGCCUAAGGGGGGGGAGUGGUUUGCCAAGGUGUUGUGCAUCUUCAAGGCGGCUGGGGAUGAGGGGGAGCCGAAGGGCUACAUGUACGUGCGGUACUUUGAGCAGGCUGGGCUCUGCCCCCUGACCACAUGCAUCCAGCUAACACCCCACCGGAAGGAGACGAGGUUCGCUGUGGUGGAGGUGGCCACGAUUCUGAGGGUGGUGCACAUUUGUCGGAGCUUCAGCAACCCCAAGGUGCUCCUGGUGAACAAGUUUCUGCUGAUCGAGUGA